AUGAAGUCGAUCGCGUUGGUGUCGUGUGUUGCGUUGCUUGCGUCGUCGACGUUAGCCGCCGAAAUUCCUCUGGUCAAAGGCCCCGACGGUCGUUUCCGCACCCCGGAAGCCAUUCAAGCCAUCCAAGACGACGCCGACGUGAACCGCAAGUGCCACACUACCAACGGCAACUACAUCCCGACGCUCCAGGCGGGCACGUACACGGCGAGUGCGUUUUUCAAUUGCUUUCGCACGACCGCGCAGAUCUUUGAGUUUGUCGACACCCUGACGGCGCAAAACGCCAACUUUGUCACCAAGUUCCCCAUCUCGACGACAGUCAAAGGCCAAACGAUCUAUGCGUACCAGCUGAGCGCGGGCGGUGCCAAGCCCCAGGCGGUGUACUACGAAAGUUUGAUCCAUGCGCGCGAAUGGAUUGCCGGUUCGUCCAACAUCUUUACGUUCGCGUCGCUGCUCGACGACCUUGCCAACGGCAAAGCGACAAUCACUACCUUGUUCGACGUGAUUUUUGUCCCCAUCGUCAACAUUGACGGGUACGACAUCUCGUGGAACGGGAACCGGUACCAGCGCAAGAACGCGCACCAAGUCGAUUUGAACCGCAACUUUCCCAGCUUUUACACCAACCCAUUUCCUCCUCCACCGACAGACGAGACGUACCCCGGGCCGUUUGCGUUUAGCGAGCCAGAGACCAUCGGCAUUGGCAAGUGGCUGAAAGCCAACAACGACAAGAUUGCCGGCUGGGUCGAUGUCCACUCGUAUGCUGGCCUCGUUCUGUACCCGUACUGUCACGGGGAUUUCCGUGAAAAAUACCUUGGUACGUGUGGCGUGGGCAAGCGUGAGAAAGAGAACACAAACAGGAGUCUGUAUUCCCAGGCAAAAUGUAAAGUCAAGUUAAAUGUUAUCGUCGCCUAUCUUCGUCUGGUUGAGGGGCCACAACCCCCACCACCACUGCACCCUAUAACCGUCGAUCUUCAAGGAUCCGGGCCCACGAGGGCCCGUGACAACAGUGUGGUCGUCAUCAUGAAGUACGGCGACACGUACGAGCCGAUUGGAAAUGGCGAAGACGAAAAGUUUCAACUACUGGGCCGCAACAUCCAACAGCAGAUGGGGACAAAUUACAAGGCCGAGACGAGCGCGACGUUGUACCCUGCCUAUGGGUGCUUUGACGACUACCACUACCGCACGUACAAGAAGCCCGUGUUAACGUUAGAGAUUGCUGGGUCGGAUUUUGUCGCCCCGGCGUCCACGAUUCGCACCCGCGGCACGGAAGUGUACAAGGGACUGUCCCAGUUCGCCCGCGAAGUCAUCACGUACAACAAUGGACCGACUUCCACCCCCACGACGCUCGCCCCCACAACCACCAAGAUCAAAACCACGACAAAGAAACCCACGACAAAGAAGCUCACGACGAGAAAACCCACGACGACUCGCCGCUACGGUGUCCUCGACCAAGGCGGGGCCGUCGAGGAGGUCCAAGAAAACUCCAACUAG